AUGAUCGAUGAGAUAGAGAGCAAGACGAAAGUUGUCCCAGUAUUAGGAUUAGUAUGGGAUUUAGAAAAAGAUAGUUUGAGUUGCAAGAUCGAAGAAACAUUUAACUUGAGGGAACCUAUUACCAAAAGAAAAGUUUUGUCAAUUACCCAGAAAAUUUUUGAUCCCAUUGGCUUUACUGCACCGAUAACUGUAAUUCCUAAGCUAAUUUUGCAAGAAACAUGGAACCAGAAGAUUAAGUGGGAUGAAGAUCUUCCUCUUCCCCUAAGUGAGCAGUUUGGGACUUGGUUGAACCAAUUGCCUCUGCUAUCUCAGAUUGAAAUUCCUCGUUGGUUAAAUAUUGAUUACGAAAACGAAGAUACCGUAGUGCUCCACGUUUUUUCGGAUGCUAGUAAAAGAGCCUAUGCCACAUGUGCAUUUUUAAGAGCUGAAACCAUCGAAGGUGUAAAGGUUCAGUUAGUAAGCGCGAGAAGUCGAAUAGCCCCUAUUAAGGAACUUACGAUUCCACGGCUUGAACUUCUUUCCUGUCUGAUAGGUGCCAGGCUUGCCAAAACAAUUCUAUCAGAUUUGAAACUUAAGAAUUGUAGAACAGUGUUCUGGAGUGAUUCUUCUACAGCUUUGGGGUGGAUAAGAAGGGAUCAAGCAUGGGGUACGUUUGUUCACAAUCGAGUACAAGAAAUAAGAUCGCUUACCAGAAUAUCUGACUGGAGGCAUGUACCUGGAAGUUUAAACCCAGCGGAUCUCCCAUCGAGAGGAUGUACUAUUGAGCAAUUACAGAAAUCGGCAUGGUGGGAGGGCCCAUCGUGGCUUUACUUACCAGAAGACGAGUGGCCCCAUGUAGAAGAAAAGCCUGAUGAAGAACUUAUAAACAAGGAAAAAAAAGGAAAACGAUUCUGA